AGUACUUGUUUUGAUGUUACAUCAGAACAUCUACAGAGAAGAUUGAUUCUGAACUAUUGAAAAUACUAGCAGUACUAUGUCCAACAAUCCAUCAACAACUGAGAAACCCAAAUCGAAAGACUCACCACCCAUCCCAAACGCAGUGAUCGAUCGCCAAAACGGUGAGAAUGGCGAAAAAUGGGGUUACGAUUUGUACCCGGAGCGACGCGGUGAGAAGUACAAACCGAGUUGGGGCCGUGUACUGCUGGGUAUCGAAGGUACAGAGUACCUCGACAAGGUGAAAUGCGAGCGAAAUGUGUACUCGUGCGUUAAGAAUAGUCCCAUGGUGAAGCUGAUGAUGGGUGCCCUCAAAAGUUCCGGUUGUGCCAUCGAUAUCCGGCGGCACAUCGCUUGCGAGGUGUGCGACGUCUCGGUGAGUGGUGGUUACGAUCCGGUCUUGAAUCAGGUUGUGGUAUGCCAAAACAUUUCCCGCAACGAGGGAAUGGUGCAAGGGGUGCUAACGCACGAAAUGAUUCACAUGUUCGACUACUGUCGAAAUGAUUUGGACUUCAAAAACAUCGACCAUCUCGCAUGUACGGAAAUUCGGGCGGCGAAUUUGACACAUUGUUCGUUCCUUAGCGCGUGGACACAAGGUGACGCGUCGCCGUUUAAAAUUAAGGAGGCGCAUCAGGAUUGCGUAAAGACGAAGGCUCUUAACUCAGUAUUGGCUGUGAGAAAAGUAUCUUCCGAGGAAGCAAUUGAAGCCGUGGAACGAGUAUUUCCUAAGUGUUAUAAUGACCUGGAACCGAUCGGUCGACGGAUAAAGAGAAAUUCCAAAGACAUGUUUAAAGCCUAUAUGGAGGGACCAAUGUAUGGUUACGAUGUUGACUAGCAAUGAUUAGCAUAUUUUAAAUAAAAGUAUUCAGUUGUCGGAUAUUUUUCAUCUUUCUC